AUGGGUGACGAAAUGCAACCCAAGGCCGAAACGACAGCAAUGGACAGUGAAGCUACGGGGACAGACCAGAAGAGCCAACUAGCUCAACUCAUCAAGCUCGCGUCUGCCAACGAGGCGACGAAGGACUAUGGCAAAGCCGUAGACCUCUAUUCCCAGGCGGCCGAGCUUCAGGCCGAGAUAAAUGGCGACAUGGCACCUGAGAACGCAGAUAUACUAUAUUCCUACGGGAAGUGUUUGUACCAUGUUGGCGUGAGCAAGAGCGACGUGUUGGGCGCGAAGAUGCCCCAGGCUACGACUGAGCCGGCCGGAGGAUCGAGCAGCAAGACGGGGAAGACUUCUACAGAGGAAGAAGGGUUGUCUUCGAGCAUUAUCAAAGAUGCGCUUGCUAAGCGAAUGGAGGAGGGGGGUGAAGGUGAAGGACUGGGAGGACCGUCAGCUGGCCAGAGCAAGACUGGUGCAACACCUCUUUUCCAGUUUAUCGGGGAUGAGAACCUGGAGGCUUCGGAUGACGAAGAGGACGACGACGAAGACGAAGGGGGUAAAGGUGGAGAGGAAGAGGAAGAAGAUGACGACUUUGCGAAUGCGUUUGAGAUCCUGGAUCUGAGUCGUGUGCUGUAUGAACGGCAGCGGAGUGAACUGGAACAAGACAAGGAGAAGAACGAGGAGAAGCUACGACAGGUGAAGGAACGGCUGGCCGACACAUACGACCUCCAGGCCGAGAUAUCACUAGAAGGCGAGAGAUUCCCGGACGCAGCCACCGAUCUUCAGUCGUCACUACGGAUAAAGGAAGAGCUAUAUUCGCUAGAAGAUCCUAUCAUUGCUGAGUGCUAUUAUAAACUGUCACUCGCCAUGGAGUUCUCUUCGGUCAUGAAGAAAGAAGGGGAAGAGGACGACCAAGCGAAUGAUGCAGAGCCGCAAUACGACCCAGCUGCCCGAGAGCGAGCUGCAGGAUACAUGGAAAUGGCGAUCAAGAGCUGCAAGGGACGAAUUGCAAAGGAAGAAGCCCGAAUUGAGAGUAUUGGUGCAGAAGAUGCGGAGGCAGUGUCAAAGAUAAAACGGAACAUGGAGGACGUCAAGGAAAUUGUAUCAGACAUGGAACAGCGGCUCGUCGACCUUCGUCGGCCGCCGGUGUCUAUCCCCAACGCGGAACGGACCAAGGAGGAGCAAGCAGCCGCCCAGUCGAUCAAGCUGGAGGAACUCACCAAGGUCGCAAAUGACCUGAGCGGACUCGUGAAGAAGAAGAAGCCAGCCCCAGCUCCAGCUUCAUCAAGUGAGCCAGAGGGCAAAGGGAAGCGGCCGCUGGAGCCAGAGGAGGAGACGAACCCUAAGAAACUAAAGGGGGAGAGUUGA